AUGCGACAUCGUCAAGAAAUCAAGUGUUGGGGUUUGACUGCAGAUUUUCAUGAUAGACUGGGCCUCCGCUACGAUCAAGGAGGCCCAAAGCGAAUAGAACCUAUCUUCUCGGAAUACACCGCUGGGAACGAAAACGAACAUAAUCAUCUACUUUUUGAAUUUAUCAAUCCCAGCCUUUUAGACCUCAGGAUACAUCCUGUUCCUUCUUCAUUCGAAUCAAGGGUUACUGUUGAUGCUCGGGAAGCAAACAGACAAGUUGAUGAGAAUGAAUGCCCUUCCGCUGAAGAUGACAAGCAUGGAAAUUUCGAUCCUCUGCCUUACACUCCUUACAACACUUUGCUAGAUCUGCUUGCGCUAGACGCAGAGUCUCCGCAAGCUCUCCAAUAUGUCGAAGAACCAGGCGAAGGCCGGGUUCAGUACGGUCUUUACCAAGCCCAAUCAGUCUCCAAUCCUCACGUGGAGCAAUUCCAACAUCAUCAUCAUCAUCCUACUGGUCAGAUUUUACCUGAGCAGCCAGAACCGCAACCAGUUGCUCAACACUACGCUUGCCCAGAAUGUCAAAAACAGUUCAAACUACCAUGUGAGCUAAAUAUGUUCAUAUAA